AUGUGCCAUGUCCUAGAAAAACGGCAUGUCGAUUUCCAAGAACGGUUUAUGGAGAGACGAAGGCAACGACAAAUAAAGGACCAAGAAGCAUUACUCAUGGAAAACAAAGAGUUAAGUGAUAUCGAAGUGGUCAACGAUGUCACACAUUACUUGAAAAGGGGCAACAAAUCUUCUAAAAAAUGGAAGAAAAUUGAAAUGCUUGAGCGAGAUUUUAGACACUUACUAGCAAUGGAUGGUAUGAAGUAUCAUUAUAAACGGGACUUUUAUUGGAGAACUUGGCGUACAGUGGCCUCUUACGGUGGUACUGAAAGAAUUGUGUGUUACAAAUGUAAUAAUAUCGUUCAAGCGCCAGGAUGCCAAAGUUGUGGGAUGUGGACGAUCGAGGAAACACCCCCACCAUGUCCUUACGAGUUCUUCUCAGUGAUCACUGACAAGUUACUGUGUGGAGCCUAUUAUACUCAGUACACAGACAUAUACACUACUUGUCCAAGCAUCAUCAACUUCUCCGAUUUGACAGCUACGUGUGACAACCCUAUUGAGACCAAAUGGCGUUUCACCAAAAUGUACGGUAUGCCAGAGAAUCAGAGAAAUAAGCAUAUUAUUUGUGGAAAUCAAGAUUCUUGCGAGAUUACUACGUCUUAUGAGAUAACUCCAAAUUAUGUUAUAUUCAGGAUAAUUAACUCAAAAAAUGACGUUAUUUACUCACGAAUUAUGAAACCAAACUACACAAACUACAUUUGCAUAGACGAUUGUGGCCGUUUCAACCAAAACACGAAAAAAGUCGGGAACAUAGACAUACCGUUAAAAUUAACCCUCCUCACUACAAAACUGAAUGAAAAUAUUGAAGAAAGAAUACCGGCACAGAAUGGGCCGUUCAACUCGACAGGACGUAAUUGUAAGGCGGCCAACCGUCCCGUAUUCUGCGGGACCGUCCCGUAA